UUCCCUUCAGUCCACGGCCGACGGCACGUACAGCACCAUGUUGGUGCCGCCGGACAUGUUAGCAGCCCAAUCCAAAAUGCUCUACCAAAUAAACAAAUACUACGGAGAAAGGGUGCAAACACGGAUGGCCACCAUCGCUAAGACCAUCCGCGAAGUGUGCAAAGUGGUUCAAGACGUGCUGAAAGAAGUGGAAGUCCAAGAACCGCGCUUCAUUUCGUCUUUAACCGAGUGCAACGGCCGGUACGAAGGGCUGGAGGUGAUCUCCCCCAACGAGUUCGAGGUGGUUCUCUAUCUGAAUCAGAUGGGUGUGUUCAAUUUCGUGGAUGACGGUACUCUGCCCGGGUGCGCCGUCUUGAAACUGAGCGACGGCAGGAAGCGCUCGAUGAGUCUUUGGGUGGAGUUUAUAACGGCUUCUGGGUAUCUGAGUGCGAGGAAAAUCCGCUCCAGGUUCCAGACUUUGGUAGCUCAAGCUUGUGAUAAGUGUUCGUAUAGAGACUCGGUUAAGAUGAUUGCGGACACCACGGAGGUUAAACUCAGGAUCAGGGAGAGAUUCAUCGUUCAAAUCACCCCGGCGUUCAAGUGUUCUGGGGUUUGGCCGCGAUCGGCGGCACACUGGCCGAUCCCGCACAUUCCCUGGCCCCACCCCAACCUAGUGGCCGAGGUGAAGACCGAAGGCUUCGACCUCCUCUCCAAAGAGAGCGUCGCGAUACAGGGGAAGCAGUCGGCGAUGGAAGGCGACGCUUGGGUUCUAUCGUUCUUAGAAGCCGAAAACCGGCUCCUGCAAGGGGGCUGCAGGAGGCGGUGUCUGAGUAUUUUGAAAACUUUGCGGGAUAGACACUUAGAUCUUCCGGGUAAUCCGGUGACUAGCUACCAUUUGAAGACGCUUUUGUUGUACGAAUGUGAGAAACACCCGCGGGAGAGUGAGUGGGACGAGGCUUGUAUUGGAGACAGGAUCAACGGGAUUUUCCUGCAACUGAUUUCCUGCUUGCAGUGCAGGAGGUGUCCACACUAUUUCCUGCCGAAUUUGGAUCUUUUUAAAGGAAAGUCGCCGAGUGCGCUGGAAAAUGCGGCGAAACAAGUCUGGAGGUUGACGAGGGAGAUGUUGACUAAUACUAGGUGUUUGGAGAAGUUAUAAGUUCCUUGAUUACUCUGUAUACGUACUGGGGCAAGUAUAGGCCAGAUUCGUGAAGACCAGUCGUGCCAUACUUGUAUAUUUUCUCGUCUGAUUUGGUAAACGCUUUAAUUAGGUAUUUUACUUUUUGUAAAAUUUUGUACCUUAGUUGAUGUACAUAUUUUUUGUAAACAAGAAGACUGUUGAUUUGUUGCAUGUGAAAUUUUUAUCUGUUUUGUAU